UCAGAAAGCCACCUCCCCCGCAUUACGGAACCCACCUGAGCCACAAGCCUCCACUUCCGCUCAGAUCAGGAAAACCCAAACUUGGCAGUCCCUUAUGCUUUUAAGCACAGCCCUCUCUGGACCUACGCCCCUCGAAUACAGAUCGUCCUGGGCCUUUUCCCGUCUCCCCAGAGAUGUGUCCCGCGCGUUGCCUGGGCCGCACGGUGAGGACGCCGCAGCGUCGGGCAGCUUGUCGAGGCCACAACAGCUCCGACUCGGGCUGUGACGACAGACGCAGACCCACCUCGAAGGGGAACUGCUCGUCCGCGGCGUGUGCGGCCUGCUGGCGCCCCGGGCCCUGGAGACCCUGCUCGGCGGCCUGCGGCGGGGGCGUCCAGUCCCGGAGGGUCGACUGUGUCCACGCCAGGAGCUGCCGGCCCGUGGCCGAGACCCGCUGCGUGCGGGGGAGGAAGCCGGCCUCGUGGCGCCACUGUGCAGGGUGCAGGUGGCCCGCGGGCCGACAGGAGCUGCGCGGCUCGGAUGCGGGCACCGCUCUGCGAUCUCUCGAGAAGAGCCGGCGCAUCCGCGGGGUGUCCGUGGCCUUGGCCCCCACUGCCUGCCCCCUGCCCCGGCAGCCUCCCCGCACCCCCUUCUGCCGGCAGCUCCCAUCCGCUCGGACCUCGGUUCUUAAAGAUUUGACCUGUUUGGGGUCCAUGGCCCUGCUGCUCCGAGCCACAGGGGCAUGA